CAGUUAUCACAAGUCCGAAAACACGUCAUCGAGCCAUUCGAACUGGUAAUCAAGGCAUACGGCAACCCAUCUCUGGCCAUGAAGAAGCGGCAAAAGCGCCGUUUGGACUACGAGCGAUAUGAACAGCUAAAGCGUGGGGGCAAGACCCCCGAUGCCAAGCUCAAUGAGCUGGUCGAGCAGUACGACGCCCUCAACGACACUCUCAAGAAGGAACUUCCAAAGCUGUCCGCCCUAACAGAGAAGAUCGGCAAUAUCUGUCUGGGAAACUUUGUAAACAUCCAGGUCAACUGGUAUAGCAUCUGGAAAGAGAAGAUGAAGGCAGUUCUCAACGACUGCCCCGAUAUUCCCGACCUCAAGGAGAUCGUGACCACGUUCCAACGGGACCAUCCUUACGCGCAGGAGCAAAUCGCCAACAUUGGUAUCUUGAACCCUGCGUACAGGGGCAGAAUGUCACAGUCGACGACGCGCAGCAUGGACGAAGCAUCCUCGCUCAAGGUUCGAUCACGUCCGUCGGAAAGCGAUUCACGGGGCAGGGGGCUCUCGAUCAAUGGCGAUCAGGCACCCAGCCUCCCAGCUCCCGAUUUCAAGCGUCAUAGCGGCUCGUUUGCGAUGUCCCCAGCCAGCGCCGGCGCAGGAACGAUUCCCAGUCCACACCACUACUAUUCUCGUGACUUCUACUCGGGCAUUGGCGGUCAGCAGCCGGGUGCAGUUUCACCAUUGUCACCAGAUGUUCCAGGAAGCACCCGGUCAAUGGCUGCCUCGACAAGGCCCAGCACAGGGCGAAGCUUCGAUUCUGGCGGCAUUCCAAGACAAAGCACGGAGUCGGCGCCCCAACCGCACAUACGGGAUUCAAGCACGACGUACAGCUCCAACACUCCAGCCCAUGAGAGCAACCGCAGAUUUUCGGGCAUCUUCCACUCCGCACUACCAUUGCCAGAUGGUCCGGAGGAGAGUCAACGGUCAUCUCGGGCAUCGUCUCGAGAGCGUGCGCCAGCAGCAGAUGGAUACAAUGUGCUCUGGCUAGCCGCCUCACUCUUCGAGUUCAACAUUGUUGCCACCAAGCAUGAGGCCGGCUACCCUUACCUGAUUUAUCAGGCUGGCGAGGUGAGUGGACAUGGUUCAAAGGCGCUCAAUGGGUUAUAAUGUACUAACUAGCGGGGUGCAGAUAUUUGAUGUCAUCGCCGAGAAAGGCGAGCUAUGGCUGGCAAAGAACCAGGAUGACCCAGCUGACCAAGUAGGGUGGAUCUGGUCGAAA